GAACUGUUUCGUCCACGGGGCAGCCAUAAGCGCUUGUGCUCAUGCAGGGCGCUGGGAGCAGGCUGUGCAGCUUCUGGCCGAUCUGCGGGAAGACCGGUUGGAUGCAAAUAUCAUUCUCGUCGGUGCGGCAAUCAGCGCUUGUUCUCAUGCCGGGUGCUGGGAGCAGGCCGUGCAGCUUUUGGCCGGUCUGGGGGAAGACGGGCUGGAUGCAAACAUCAUUCUCGUCAGCACUGCGGUCAGCGCCUGCGAGAAAGGCGGGGCCUGGCAGACCGCUCUGCAAUUACUCGGGGACCUCACUCACAGCCGCAUCGAUUCUGAUGUUAUCAUCAUAAACGCUGCAAUCAGUGCCUGUGAGAAGGGCGAGCAGUGGACUCAGGCCCUGUCGCUCCUGGCUGGCCUGCACACGGUUCAACUUGAAACAGAUGUGAUCUCCUACAAUGCUGCAAUCAGUGCUUGUGGGAGAUGUGAGAAAUGGUUUUUGGCUGUCGGGCUACUGCGCGACCUUCGGGAAUGUCGUCUGCAGGCAAGCACCAUCACCUGCAACGCCGUCAUCAGUGCUUGUGGGCAAAGCCAGGAAUGGCAGCGGGCGAUGAACUUCUUGCAGGAGGUGAAGGAGCAGCGGUUGGAAGCCAGCACUGUGACAAUGAGUGCUGCCAUCUCUGCUUGCGAAGCAGGUGGACAGUGGAGGAUUGCUUUGCAGCUUCUCGAAGAUAUAACCAGCUCCAGGCUAGAAGCCAACAUCGUCGCUUACAACGCAGCCGUGAGCGCUUGUGGCAUAGCUGGGCAGUGGGAACAAUCCUUGGCUUUUCUCGACCUCCUUCCACAGCGCUCCCUGCAGCCAGAUAUCUACACCUACUCGGCCGCCAUCAGUGCCUUUGGUGAUGGCGAGCACUGGGAUCCACAAUGGGAGCAGGCCCUUCAUCUCUUCGACGAGUUGUCAGAACUCAAGCUGCUUCCCAACAUCGUCACCUUCGGCGCGACCGUGACAGCCUGCGAGAAAGGUGGCCAAUGGCAAGCUGCACUUUGCUUGCUGGAGGACGUGUGGGUGCAAGCAGACAUCGAAGAAUUCAUAUGA